AUGUCAGACGCCGACUAUCAGCGGCGCUGGCAACCCGGCGUCGAGACCGACGCUCGCGACGGCGGUGCGCCGAGCGACACGACGGAGGAGCAGAUCGCCACGGAGGAGGCUUGCCAGCGCUGCAUCGACGAGAUAUGCGACCCGGAGCUCCGCCGGGAGGCGGCUUCGCUCCUCACGCGCGAGCACCGCACGUACUGCGCGAGCGGCCUCUGGCGGCUGUCGGCCGGAUACGCGUCGCUCGAUGCGAGCCGGCCUUGGCUCUGCUACUGGAUCGUCCACUCCCUCUCCAUCCUCGGCACCAGGAUCGACGCCGCCGCGGCCGACGCCGUCAUCAACUUCAUCGGCCGCUGCCGCGACCCGGACUGCGGCGGCUUCUGCGGCGGCCCGUACCCGGGGCAGAUGGCGCACCUGGCACCCACGUACGCCGCCGUUAACACCCUCGUCACCAUCGGCACCCCCGCCGCCUUCGAGCUCAUCAAGGGCGCCAAGCUGGGCAGUUUCCUGCGUGCGAUGCGGCGCGAGGACGGAGCCUUCACGAUGCACCACGACGGCGAAGUUGACGUGCGCGGCGCGUACUGCGCGAUCGCCGUGGCGACGCUGAGCGGCGAGGUUGAGGCGACGGGGCCGUGGGAGGACACUGCCAACUGGAUCCUCGGCUGCCAGACGUACGAGGGCGGGGUGGGCGCGACGCCCGGCGAGGAGGCGCACGGCGGGUACACCUUUUGCGGCCUCGCCGCGCUGAGCCUGCUCGGCGCCGCGCACCGGCUCCGCCUGCCGCCGCUGGUUCGCUGGCUGGUGGGUCGGCAGAUGGCGCACGCGGGGGGCUUCCAGGGCCGGACCAACAAGCUGGUGGACUCUUGCUACUCGUUCUGGCAGGGGGGCGCCUUCCCGCUAGUCCAGUCGCUGCUGCAGUCCCGCGGGGAGCUCGCGCCUGGCGGCGCCAUCUACAACGCGCCGGCACUCCUCGACUACCUCAUCGUCUGCGCCCAGGUGGCGCAGGGCGGUUUGCGCGACAAGCCGGGCAAGGGGCGCGACUACUACCACACUUGCUACGCUCUCUCUGGCCUCGCCGUCGCCGCUUCGGCCUCGGAGCUUCCGGGCGUGCCCGAAGGGUGGGUGAACGGCGUGCGGCUCAUCAACCCGAUCUUCAACGUUGUCAAUGACAAGGUCGAGGCGGCGCUCGAGCAUUUUCGCGCCGCCGAGUGA